UAAGGUGUCGGUCUGCGUGAACUGGAAAUCAAGUUAUCCAUUUAAGAGUUUGGAUUUGUGCAACAUGAGAAAUUUAAAAAUUCUGCUGUUCAUUCCACUCAUAGAUUUUUUCCUGCCAACAAAAGUGGUAGCUGAAGUGCAGCUGGAGCCAAGGGAUAGUGCUGUACUGCUUGGAUCAGAAGCCAGUUUUAACUGUAGCCUAAAGGAUCCCUGGUCGGUUAUGACAUGGCUGUUCAAUGGCAGAGUGGCGCUUACAAUUUCCAAGGACUAUGGUGUUCUUCAAAACACUACACGUUUCACAGCAGCUAAUUACACCACAAAUGAAAUUUACAAAUGGGAAUUUACCAUCAUGAAUGUGACAAGGAAUGACUCAGGAGUAAUCACAUGUGAUGUUCAAAAUAUACAGAGAAGAGCACACUUGUCUAUUCAAGAAAGUGGGACUGUUAGCAUUAAAGGUGGCAACAUAACUGUGAGACCUGAUGAGCAAGUGUUUUUUGUCUGUGUUGCAUCUGGAUGGUUUCCUGAACCACAAGUAUCCUGGAAUAUAAAUGGCAAAAUGGCAGAUACUGAAAACUAUAACACCACUGUUGAGACUGCAGGAACCCUACUAAACUCCAACAGCACUCUGUCAAUUUCAGCAGUUCAAAGUGCUGAAGUUCAGUGUCUGGCCAAAGUGCCUGCUUUGUUCACACCACAAACCACCAGUGUUUUCCUGAUAGUUGAUAAGACCAAUCUACAACCUGACAGAACGUGGCUGAUUGCCAUAAUUGUGACCUUUAGUUUGGUUGCACUGGUAGUGUUGGUCAUCAUUGGGAUUAUCUUAUUUUGUAAAAGAAAAAAUGCAAAUAAGUCCAGCUCUAAAGGGAAUGUCAUGAAUCCGAGCCAGAAUGCAGAAGAAACCCAUGGAAAAGAUAACCCUGGAUACAUUACAAAUGGGGACAGAAGUCAUAGCAAUUUCAUCACAGUAAAUAAUUACCAGAUUCCAGACAUGAACCAGACAAGCAGUGAUCAGCAAAAUGUUUUCAAGAUACAUGAAGGAAUGACCACAACAACAUUCAGACAUGUGACCAUUGUUUAAAAACCUAUUGCCAAUU